AUGGCUCCCCAAGACCGCUUGUCCCAGGUGUCUUCGCACCUCAACUACCCCCAGGGUAUGCUCCACGGCCAGGUAGCCAUCAUCACCGGCUCUGGUCAAGGAAUCGGCGCCGAAGCCGCGCGGAUGUUUGCGAACGAGGGGGCAAAGGUCGUGGUUGCGGAUCUUGACAACAAAAAGGCAGAGGCAGUCGCAAAGUCAAUCAACGAUGCUAGCCCCGGACGCGCCAUCGCCGUGGCUGGAGACGUGACCGAUUCACAAUAUCUGAAGAGAGUCGUGCAAAAGGCAGCAGAGUUUGGAAAUGGGAAGAUCCAUAUCAUUGUAAACAACGCUGGAUACACAUGGGACGGCGUUAUUCAUAAGCUCUCCGACGCACAAUGGGAGAAGAUGCUCGCGGUCCAUGCUACCGCUCCCUUUAAGCUCGUCCAAGCCGCCGCCCCGUAUUUCCGUGUCAAGGACGGAGAACCCAGAGUCAUCGUCAAUAUCAGCAGCACCAGCGGUAUCCAUGGAAACGCAGGACAAGCCAACUAUGCCGUUGGCAAAGCGGGUAUGGUCGGCCUCACCAAGACCAUCGCCAAAGAAUGGGGCCCUCAGUUCGGCGUUCGCGCCAACACCAUCGCGUUUGGUUUCGUGCUCACCCGCCUCACUCAGGCCAAGGAGGCUGGUGCUUUUAUCACCACCCCCGAAGGAGAAAAGGUUGCUCUCGGGAUUCCGACUUCGCAGCUAGCGAACAAGGUCGGCGAGACCACGGAGCAAUAUGUUGAUAUCCCUCUUCGACGACCGGCUAGUCCCACUGAGGCAGCGAGGUCGAUUUUGGGAGUCGUCAGCCCACUGUUUAGUUAUGUUAAUGGCCAGACUAUCAUGGUCACUGGUGGACGGAAUAUGUAA